UUUGAGUGGACUUUUGAUGACAAUUGACACCAAAAAUGGACAGAUAUUUGAAUUCAGGUAAGACUUGAAUAAUACUAUAGACCUAUAGUUGAGUUUUGGGGCCAAACACUGAUUGAAUGCUAAUUGUAUUCAAACAUAAUUUACGACAAACUAUACACACAUUCAAUGUAUUCAAACGUAUUGUUAAUAACAACACAAAUAAUGAUUGAGUUAUUGAAUUGGAGACGAAUGAUAGCAAUUGUGGUGAUUCUCGCCGUUUUGAUGGUCAUUAUCAUCAUUUGGGAAGACCUGAUGGCCGACAAUGUACACACAUCACCAUAUCAUCCAUUGAUUCACACAACCGAUGAUAUCAUCAACAAAUCAAUUGAAACGAGUGUUGAUCUCAAUUCAAGUCAUUUGAUUGCAAUUAAACGUGAAAAUACAAACACUGAGUCCAAGUGUUGGCAAUACCAACAGUUCCAGUCCAUCACCGAUUGUCUGCCGUGUGAUAAAACAGACACUUCUUCCAAACUAUUGACUGCCUGCAAGAAAACAGGUUAUAAACAGCGGAUCAAAUGCCAAACAAUUGGUUUAGUGUAUCGAUGGUGUAAUACAAACGAAGCAAAUUUCUGGACCUUUGAGUUUAUGAUGAUAUUUGUGGCCAUCUUUAGUGGUUUUUAUGUUAAACGUAGACAAAGAUAUAUAUACCACAAGACUAUUGAGCGCAUUGAACGACAAAUUGCUUCCUAAUGAUUGA